AUGUUCGUGCUGCGUACUGCUCGGUUCGUCGGUUGCACGCGGUUGACCGACCCGAGAGCCCUUCCCGAUCAAUCGUGCUGUGGGUGUCUUACUAAUGCCCCGGAGCUCGCAGCCUUCAGUCUGUUGUCGGUGGUUGGAGUGCGAUGUUGGCCCUCUCUGGUCACUGGUGUUGACCCGCUGGUGUUCGGUUUUAAUGUUUUAUACAGUUUGCCUUCUGUGCCUCCCCCGUUGGCCGGAACCGGAAUUCCGUUUCCAGUCGGCACCACGUGGAGGUGGGGGUAG